AUGAAUCAAAAUCGAAUAACGAUAAACAAUGUUGAUGAAAAUGUUGGACCAAAUGGUGAAACACGACAAGAACAACGUAUACAAUAUCGAUUAGAUAAUAUUCAUGCCGGAUAUUUAGCAGUUAUUGCUUACAAUCAGUUUUGGUAUAAUGAAUAUAUUAAUAAUCAAGCUGAACAACUUAAUCAACAAUCUCUAAUGCUUCACAAUGAACAAAUCGAUGCUGUUCGUUGUAUUAUCAAUAAAAUAUUAGAUCGAGUUGAAAAUAUAUAA